AUGCCCGUGCGCAAGGGGCUGCUCGCGCCCCAGAACACCUUCCUCGAUACCAUCGCCACUCGCUUCGAUGGCACACACAGCAACUUCGUGUUGGGCAACGCUCAGGUGCCGUGCUACCCGAUCGUGUACUGCUCAGACGGGUUUUGUGAGCUGACAGGGUGGGCACGCGCGCACAUCAUGCAGAAGGGCUGCGCGUGCAAGUUCCUCCACGGCCCAGACACACGCGAUGAACAUCGACAUGAGAUCGACGCCGCGCUAGAAGCAAAACACGAACUGAAACUAGAACUUAUAUUUUAUAAGAAAAAUGGAUCUCCCUUUUGGUGCCUGCUCGACAUCGUCCCAAUUAAGAAUGAGAAACGAGAAGUGGUUUUAUUUCUCGCCUCCUUCAAGGAUAUCACCAACACCAAGAUGGCCGCCAUGAACACUAAUGAGAACUUCGACAGCGGAGCCGCGGUGCGGCCUUCGGCUGGCGUGGUCACUCUAGCGUUAUCCCCAUUUGUACCCGCAGCGGCACUCUUGGGCGCCCGGUUCCGCGCUGAAUCUAGUUGCCUACUUCCAGACCCGAAUGGCAAUCUUGACCCCGAAGCGCCGUCGCCCGCGAACAUGGGCAGGCGACGCUCUAGGGCGGUACUAUACCAGCUUUCAGGACAUUAUAAACCGGAUAAAAUGAAGACGAAACUAAAACUCAACAAUGUUAGUAAGAAUCUAUUACACUCAUCGGACCCUCCGUUGCCUGAAUAUAAAACGUCAGCAUUAAAAAAGUCUAGAUUUAUAAUUUCUCACUACGGGGUGUUCAAAACAUUUUGGGAUUGGCUGAUCUUAAUAGCCACGUUUUAUGUGGCAGUAGUGGUUCCGUACAAUGCCAGUUUCGUUGACGAAGGCCACCCCAGGAUAAGUGUGACGAGUGAUGUCGUGGUAGAAGCGCUCUUCAUUAUCGAUAUAGUGCUCAAUUUCCGGACGACAUUCGUAAGUAAGAAAGGCGAAGUAGUCUCUGAUUCUAAGGCGAUAGCCCUUAAUUACAUCCGGAGCUGGUUUGUGGUGGAUCUCCUGGCGGCGCUGCCGUUUGACCUACUUUAUGCGUCGGACGUAUACAGCGGGGCGGAGUCGACACACGGAAAUGUGCAUUUAGUGAAAUUAACAAGACUGUUACGACUGGCCCGGCUGCUGCAGAAGAUGGAUCGAUACUCGCAAUACUCGGCUUUGAUACUGACGUUACUAAUGCUCUCUUUCACUUUGCUGGCUCAUUGGCUCGCUUGCAUCUGGUUCAUAAUAGCAGACAAGGAAAUUGAAAUUCAUAAGAACGAGAGUUGGGACUUAGGAUGGAUAAACAAUCUGGCGGAGAGGUUGAAAGUGCCGAUUCCAAACAUUUCACACAGCGAGAGCUAUGUGACGGCACUUUAUUUCACGUGCUCAUCUCUUACUAGUGUGGGCUUCGGUAAUGUGUCAGCCAAUACUCUCGCAGAGAAGAUCUUCAGUAUUAUCACCAUGUUGAUCGGAGCACUGAUGCACGCUGUAGUGUUUGGUAACGUGACGGCUAUCAUACAGCGAAUGUACUCCCGCCGCUCCAUGUAUCAAAGCAAGUGGCGGGAUCUGAAAGACUUUCUCACCAUAAACCAAGUACCGAAGGAACUAAAGCAACGGAUGCAAGACUACUUCCAGACCAUGUGGUCGUUAAAUCACGGCAUCGAUAUACAUGAGACUCUCAAAGAAUUUCCCGAAGAGUUGAGGGGCGAUGUGUCUUUACAUUUACAUCGAGAGAUAUUAUCUCUUCCAAUAUUUGAGUCAGCUUCACAAGGUUGUCUUAAGCUGCUGUCUUUACACAUACGGAACAACUUUUGUGCCCCCGGCGAGUAUCUCGUCCACAAAGGGGACGCGCUAACGUACAUCUACUACAUAUGCAACGGUUCCAUGGAAGUGAUGCAGAAUGACAUGGUCGUCGCUAUUCUGGGUAAAGGAGAUUUGGUGGGUUGCGAUAUGAAUACCCAUUUGCAAGCUUACAACGGUACAGGAUCGUCCCAUCCGCAAGGGAAUAAUCCUGAUGUUGUGGUCAAAUCGAGCAGCGAUGUUAAGGCGCUAACCUACUGUGACUUAAAAUGCAUACACAUGGGUGGCUUGGCUGAAGCUUUGCGAUUAUAUCCAGAGUACCAGCAAGAGUUCAUACAUGAUAUACAGCAUGACCUCACGUACAACUUGCGGGAAGGAUAUGAGGCUGAAGCGGAGUCUGAUGGCAACGGGCACCCAUCCCUCACACUACCUUCAAUAUCAGAGGACGACGAGAACGCUGCAGAAGACACAGCACUCACGCCCAAAAAACUACCCGUGUCAAACACAAACAGCCCUCGGCAUACAAAAUUCAGGACUGAUGGUCAGCCGCGCCUUUCUCAUAGAGAAUUGCGUGAAAGAAUAGAAAGACAGCGUUCUAUAGCAACGCCGAAAAUAUCUAGAGCCGACUCGCUGGAGGGGCUCAAUUUAGAAGUACAUAAUACAAGGUCGUCAGUGGACAGGCUUGACACCCAGGUAUCGAGCUUGCAUCACGACGUGGCUGCGCUUAGCAUGGAGGUUCGCCACGCCAUCCAAGCGUUACAAGAAAUGACAGCACCUACAGGAUGGCACGCAGCACAUUCCAAUCCUAAUCUCCAGUGGAACGCUCCACCGAACCAACUGGCUCGCAGCUGUAGUCAUCCGCCUGAUGUCUUCUGUUGGGAUCAGCAAGAACGGCCUCUCACGCCGGAGAGACCAAAGGUACACAAGACUACACAAACCGAGCCUUUCCUACAUCUCGUCACGCAGUACAUUAUGGAGCACCCAGCUACUGUGAUGUUGCUGCUAGGCAUCGACCCAAUGGCGAACCUGGCGCCCGUCAUGCCGGGUACGGUGGACUACUACACAGACACGCGAGGUCGACGGCCCAGCACAUUGGAACAAAUCAUAGAAUCGGAAGCAGGCAGCCAAACACCAUCAAGCACAACAAGCGAGAAGUUUGAACCAGUAAGAAGUCCUAGUGGAAGUGUAAAAGACCUGGAAGUGUCAAUAGAGAAUGAAGUAAAGAAACCGGCAGAAAAAGAAACGUUAAAUGCAACUAUGAGACGCAGCAGGUAUUCGACCAGUGACUUGUGCGAAGCCUCGGAACGAUUGCUCGCCACACGCUCCACGCACCCCAGCACUCGCAGCCUCAAGUUUAACAUCAACAGCUAA